AUGCGUGAGUAUGUCCCUACAAUUCCAUUCCCUCAAAGGUUGAAGAAGCAAGAACAAGCGAAGCAAUUUACAAGAUUUCUUGAUGUCUUUAAGAAGUUCCACAUUAAUAUUCCAUUUGCUAAAGCAUUGGAGCAAAUGCCAAGUUAUGCUAAAUUCAUGAAAGACUUGUUGUCAAAGAAAAGGAAGCUUCAAGAAGAGGAAACAAUUAUGCUCACAGAGGAGUGCAGUGCAAUAAUUCAACAAAAAUUACCUCCUAAGUUGAAGGAUUCAGGAAGCUUUGUCAUUCCAUGUGAGAUUGGAAAUAUAACGGUGGGUAAGGCAUUGUGUGACCUUGGAGCAAGUAUCAAUUCGAUGCCUUUAUCCAUUUUUAAAAGGCUAGGUAUUGGAGAAGUGAAGCCUACUAUGAUAACUCUACAAUUGGCAUACCGUUCAAUGACUUAUCCUUAUGGAAUUGUGGAAGAUGUCUUAGUGAAGGUGGAUAAAUUUAUCUUUCCAGCUGAUUUUGUGGUUCUUGACAUAGAGGAAGAAGCUAAAGUCCCAAUUAUAUUGGGAAGACCAUUUUUAGCCACAGGAAGAGCACUGAUAGAUGUAGAACAAGGUGAAUUGAUGUUAAGAGUAGUAGAUGAAAAAGUAACAUUUUCUAUAAAUGAAGUAGUGAACCAUAAAUUAGACAAAGCAGAUUAUUUCAAGGCUGAAAUAAUUGAGUCUCUUGUGUAG